UGUGAGCUUUUAGCAUCUCAUGCCAAACCUGAAUGAAAACUGAAAGCAGAGAACGGUCAAUGUGAAGAGAACAAUGAUUAGAAUUAGCAGAAAUUAAUUUUGCUGGACGUUAAAAGAGCAGAAAUGUCUGAUGCUAUUUAUGAAGAUGUGAUCAGAACUGAGUCUGAAAGAGCGGAGAUUACGGUAGAUAUCUAUGAGAGUGCAGAUUGUGUGAGAGAUCAUGACUUAAGGACAGAGACAAACACACAGCAACCAUUACAGUGUACAGGAAGUGAUUCAGUGAAGAUCAGAAGCUCCAGAACAGCUGUAGUGUGUUUGGUUCUGCUGUGUGUUCUUCUACUGACUGCAGUCACAGUGCUGUGUGUCCACAUCCAUACAAACAACACAAACUACACACAAGAGAGAGAUCAGCUACUAACCAAGAUCAACAGCCUCACAGAAGAGAGAAACCAGAUGUUGACCAACAUUGCCAACCUGAGCGAUGAGAGAGAACAGCUACUAACUAACAACAGCUACCAUAUUCAAUUAAACAAACAGUUAAAUCAAGAGAAAAAUGAAACAUGGAAGUGUUUUAAUGGAAUGGAUGGAUGGUUAUACUAUAAAUUUAGUUUUUACUACAUUUCCUCUGAGAUGAAGAACUGGACUGAGAGCAGAAGAUACUGUACAGAGAGAGGAGCAGAUCUGAUCAUCAUAAACAACAGAGAGGAACAAAAAACUGUUGAUAAAAUGCGAGAUGGCAAGACUGGAUUCUGGAUUGGUCUGACUGACAGUGAAGAAGAGGGCAACUGGAAAUGGGUUGAUAACAGCACACUGACCUCUGGGUUCUGGAGGUUGGGACAGCCCGGUGGAAAAACAAGCGAGAAUUGUGCUGUGUCUUAUUUCAUGACGUUAGUGUUUCAUGACUAUCCAUGUAAUGACAGUUUUAAAUGGAUCUGUGAGAAGAACAUUUUGGAAAGAACACUUAAAGACCAGGAUUUUCUUAUCAUUUAGCAUUAGUUUUUAAUUAUAAUGUAGAUAAUACUUUUUUUUACUAUUAAAGCUUUGAAGUGCU